UCACCAAGCUAACCAAACCUACCAAAAACAAAAUGCGUUCCUUCAUCCUGAUUGCCCUCUUCGCCCUGAUUGCAGUGGCUGCUGCCCAAGGAGGACCACGAGGUGGUCGACGAGGAGGACCACAAGGUGGACCACAAGGAGGACCCCAAGGUGGCCAGGGAGGACCUCAGGACUGUCAGCAGGGUGGUCAGCAAGGAGGACCCCAGGGAGGACAGCAGGGUGGUCAGCAGGAGGGAGGUCCCGGCGGUCCAUGGGGUCUGCCUCCUAAUGGAACCGUCUCCUCCAACAGCACAUCCUCAUCCACUGAGGCUAGCUCUACUGAGGCCAGCUCCACUGAGUCCAGCUCCACUGAGGCCAGCUCCAUUGUGGCCAACUCCACCGAGGUCUCCUCAGCUUAGAAUGUAGCCAGAUCAUAAUCUUAAACCAAUUUCUGGCAUGCUGUUGUUCCUUAUUCCAAAAGUUAAUAAAAGUUCUA